AUGUUGGAAGCUCUUCCCAGCCGUCGGCACGAAGUGGCCUCUUUCAGAUACUUCGACUUUAGGCAAAAUGAGAGCGAUACUCCUGUAGUUUAUUCCACCCAAGACGAGUCCCGCCAGCAAGGGCCUGCAACCCAUGAUGCGUCCAUAGGCUCUAAGGUAGGAGUAUCUGGCAGACCAGAACCGACACUCUAUUCUGCGACCGCUAUGCCAAAAACGCAGUAUGCAAUUGUUACACCCCAUGUUCAGCCAAAACUCAACUUGCAACUCCAAGAAAUCCCAGUUGAUAACCCGCGGCCUGGCGAAGCCACUGUGAAAGUGGAAUGGUCGGGUCUCUGUGCAAGUGAUAUUUACUUUUCAACCGGACGAGACCCCGUCGCUUGCAGCCGCAACCACAUUGCCGGCCACGAAGGCAUCGGCCACAUCGUCCUGAGCCAUGACCCCUCGCAGAUAGGCCGAGCCGUCGGGAUGAGAUUCCUCGCACACUCCUGCGGCACCUGCUGCUACUGCCUCAGGGGCGUACCAGAGAGCUGUCCUAAGCAGCUGUGCUUCCCCACAUAUGUAAACGGCACCUACCGACAGUUUCUCAACGUUCCGUACAAGAUGCUCACCUGGCUGCCCGACUGGGUGUUUGCACACCCCACGCCCGCGAUAUUCACGGCGGCGCUGUGCUCAGGGUCUGCAGCGCUAAAGGCCCUCAAGAAGGCGGCCCUCAGACCGGGAGACGUGGUGGUGAUACUCGGUAUUGGCGGACAGAUCGGCUACCUUGCUGGCCUGAUGGCCAAGAAAGUCUUCAGGGCUCGAGUCAUUGGGGUUGACUUGGCUAUGAAGGGAGAUUUCCCAACCGUAGCUGAAGCCAGCGAUAGAUUCAUACCUCUGGGAGGAGACGAUUGCCUGGCAGGCCAGCCCGACUUGAGCUCGCAAAUCAUCUCGGCCUGUACACAGCUGAGGGGAGACGACCUAUAUCCUCGCAAGGCGAAUGCAGUGAUCGCUGCUAGCAGCACAAUCGGUUCUUUCCAAAGCCUACCUUCGUUUAUCUGCGACGGAGGAUCAAUCAUCCUCGUUGGUGCUCCAAGCGGUUCAGUCAAAUUCGACGUUGAAGAGAUCGUUGUACGACAGUUAUCCAUUCACGGCUCCUUGAUGGGCGAUGAAAGAGAGUCAUACCAAGUCAUGGAGCUCAUCCGAUCUGGAAAAAUCACCCCAACAAUCACCGAGAUACAGCUCAAAGAUGUCCCUCGGUAUAUGAGCAAAUUUGUUGCAAGCCAGAACCAAGGCAAGGUCGUAGCCCGUAUCAACAGCCCGUCGGUGGAAUCUUGGAAAGCAGAAAAUACGUCAGAGAUGAAUUAG